CUCUAGUGUGGGAUACCGUGUCUCGUCGGCCGUGCUAUUAGCUCAAGAACAUGAAUCUUGGUCUCUGUCCGAGGUAAGAACUUCAGUUUGGAAAUAUAUGCUUCGAAUGUUCAUCGAUAACUGCGUCACGACGCACGAACUGCGUAGUCAGGGAAUACUAAUCGUCAUGGCACCGUGAAUCUGUCUAGUCAGACUUUAGACAUUUCCAUCUUAAUAAUCCAUCGAAAAGAUGGCCUAAAAAUUGCGGGACUAUGCUAAGAUGAAGCCGCCGUGCAAUCCCCACGAGACGAACAAUAGUCGCAAGGUCCUUAUCGCUGACUUGACCGACAUCUAUUCGCCAAGAUUUAUUGUUUUGUUCAUUGCAAUUUCCAGAAUCGGUUUCGAACGCAGGCCCACUUUUACACAGUACUCGCCACUAAAUGUAUUCACGCUGAAGCCAUCUUCUCCGCUCAGAAAGCGUUAACAAUAUCCACGAACUUCCUCAAGCACGCCACAUCGAAAGUUUGUUGCGAUAAGUCGGUGACGCCACGCAUCGCCGCUCAAACAUCCGGCGAUACAAGCCUGAAGAAUCU